GAGUGAGAGAGGGACUAGUUUUCCUCUCGGAGAGGGGAGCGUGGUCCGCCGCCUACUUAAGAGAAUGGGCUCGCUCCUUGGGCCCCAGUGUGUCAGCAGCAGUCGGAGAGGCAACAACUCUCAAUACUAAAUUCAGAGCAGCAGCAACUUGUGUGUAAAUGCGAAGAAAUGUCGGGAGGGUUGGAGAUGGAGAGAAUUCACGGUGGUGGUGGUGGUGGCGGAGUUGAGCAGCAGCAGCCACAGGGCGGAGAGAAGGAGGUGCUAGAAAAGUUGAUCUCGUCCACAACCACGGCAGCAGCCAGCAACAACAACAAAGUGAAUUUGCAUGGAAAAGGCACUGGUAGAAAUAACCAUGCUAACAGACAACAAUUCAACAACAACCCCCCUGGAAAUUAUAACAAUUCAAAUAACAACAAGAAACAGUUUCGUCGCCAUCAUCGAAGACAGCAUCAGAAUGCUCAGAGAAGGAUGAACAAUUCCAAUUUCCAUGAACACCAUGGAAAAAGAAUCCGAAGAAAUACUCAACCCGCGCCGAAUAACACAAAUGAAUUUCUCAUGCAGGAGCACGACCAUUUGUAUCAUCUUGAUUUCAAUGAUGACGAAUUUGAACAACGUCACGGAUAUAUCGACUUCAACCCGAGUCAUCUCUAUUCAAACCCGGAGGGGAUGGUAGAUGCCAAUCAUGCGUUUAGCUUCCUACGGGAUACUAAUACGACCAUUUCUAGUGGACCUGCUAAUUCCGGAGGAGCUUUCUACUCUUCCUCGGAGGACGAUCAAGACUACCUGAGCCGAGAAUUCUCUGCCACAUACGAUAUCGUCAAUGCAGAAAGGUUAAGUUCCAUGACGAAAGCUGAACUUAUCUCAGAGUAUCAAUUGCUUCAGGACAGGGUGGAAUUGUUGGAGAGAAAAUUAAAGACUGGAACGGAUGUGUACGGUACUACCACCAUCACAACAACGACGACGGAUGGCAAGAUAAAUACUUCCUCCAACCCUUCUUCUUCCAAUGAAAUGGUCGUUGAACUAUUUUCACCCCCCACCAAUACCAAUAUCGUCACUGCAUCUACCUCCAAUCCCAGCGAUGAUGAUGGUGAUAAAGGAGGAGGAGGAGAGGAAGAAGGAGAUGGUUCCAUCCAAGAAGAGAUUCUCAAACUGAGGGAGGAAAAUCAGAAGAUCAAAGCUGAUAACAAGUACCUACGCAAGAUGACUUUGAAACAAGGGAAGGAAGAUGGUGACGAAGUCGUCGGGAUGGAGGAGGAUGACGACAUGGAGGCUGAUCGGGCAUCCACCGACAGUGGGACUGGUGGGAUGAGCAAGUAAGAAAAAUCCUCAUCCAAACGACAUUCUACUUCGAUUUUCCGUCAAUUAAAUGCGCUCUAGUUGUCAUUAUUUGAACCCAACCAAAAAUACCCGAUGUGUUACUAAAUUUAUAGUGUUGAUUAUGUAUAAGAUAAUAUGCAUAUCUUUAUAUUACAUUCAAUGUAAACAAUUAUUUGAUUUUUUUUCUACGCUGCUGACUCUUAAAUUCAUGUUUCCAAAUUUAUGUAUGAUGAUGUUUUGAAAUCUAUUACGUAUUAUGCACAAUAAUAUUUUAAAUAAUGAAAAAAUGAAUGACUAUUUUUUUCAAAAAAUGAGUAUAAUAGAGUGGAGAAAUUACUUUACUACGAUAAUAUUGCUAUUCUUAUUAAUAUUUUGAUGAAUGGAAUUAAUCUUGACAUUUUUGUUAUUAUUGUUUUUAUUCAACUUAAAAAAUUAUUCUAGAUGACAGAUCCACGCAUGGAAAUUCUAAUGACUAUUUAAUAAUUGAGCAAUUAAUUAAUGUAACUAUUUACUUUUCAAAAGUACGAUUACUUGUUUUACAAAACUUUAUUAUUAUUAUUACUUGUUCCAACCAAGUAGAACAUUUCUCAGUCAUACUUUACAAAUACGAUAGUUUAUAUUUGUCUGGACUAUUCGCCAUAAUAAUGUUCGCAUAAUAUGAAUACGCGUUAAAUGAUGACGAUGAUGAGAAAUGUGUAAUAUUAUGUAUUUUUAUGACGAACAAUAAAGUACAAAUUAAAAAUUGUA